GAAUAAACCCUAAAGAGCGCCAACCGCCAACCCACCGCCAAGACAGGCGGAGAGCAAAAACUAAGAAGAAAACCCUUCAGUUCUGUUUUCUGCAUAGGAUCAAGUAAGAGAAUGAGGAAGAAGGUCGACGAACGUAUCAGAACUCUCAUUGAGAAUGGCGUCAAAUUGCGCCACCGUUCUAUAUUCGUCAUCGUCGGCGACAAAUCCCGCGACCAGAUUGUGAAUCUUCAUUACAUGAUGAGCAAUGCGAUGGUCAAGUCUAGACCGACCGUGUUGUGGUGCUACAAGGAUAAACUUGAACUCAGCAGCCACAAGAAAAAACGUGCAAAGCAGAUAAAGAAGUUAAUGCAGAGGGGCCUGCUGGAUCCUGAAAAAGUUGAUCCUUUCUCACUGUUUGUUGAAAGUCAUGGAAUAACAUAUUGCUUAUACAAAGAUUCUGAGAGAAUUCUUGGAAAAACUUUUGGAAUGUGUAUAUUACAGGAUUUUGAGGCUCUGACACCAAAUCUAUUAGCAAGAACCAUAGAGACAGUGGAGGGCGGUGGAUUAAUUGUAUUGCUGCUUCGAUCUCUUCCAUCACUCACUAGUCUGUACACCAUGGUUAUGGAUGUUCACGAGAGAUUCCGUACAGAAUCCCAUUCUAAUGCUGCAUCACGGUUCAAUGAACGCUUUGUAUUAUCACUUGCAACUUGUAAAGCAUGUGUAUUCAUGGAUGAUGAGAUGAACAUCUUGAAAAUCUCAUCUCAUAUAAAAUUGAUUACCCCUGUCCAAAUUCAUGAGGGCUCUGAAGGGCUCUCAGAAGCUCAGCAAGACCUGAAGAACUUGAAAGAACAGCUAAAUGAAGAUUUUCCUGUUGGUCCUUUGAUCAAACAGUGUUGUACACUGGAUCAGGGAAGAGCCAUUGUUACAUUUCUUGAUGCCAUUUUAGACAAAAAUCUGCGCUGCACGGUUGCUUUGCUUGCUGCCCGAGGUCGUGGAAAAUCAGCUGCACUUGGUUUGGCAAUUGCUGGGGCCAUUGCUGCUGGGUAUUCAAAUAUCUUUGUAACAGCACCCAGUCCUGAGAACUUAAAAACCUUGUUUGAAUUUGUAUGCAAGGGUUUUGCUGCCAUUGAGUAUAAGGAACACAUUGAUUAUGAUGUUGUGAGAAGUGUGAAUCCUGAGUUCAAGAAAGCUACCGUGAGGAUCAACAUUUACAAGCAACACAGGCAAACUAUUCAGUAUAUACAGCCACAUGAACAUGAAAAGCUCUCCCAAGUUGAACUUCUGAUUGUUGAUGAAGCAGCAGCCAUACCGUUGCCUGUUGUCAAGUCUUUGCUUGGUCCUUAUUUGGUCUUCCUUUCAUCUACUGUCAAUGGCUAUGAAGGUACUGGUCGAUCUUUAUCCUUAAAACUUCUGCAGCAAUUGGAAGAACAAAGCCAGAUGGCGGCUAAGGAUGCGGAGGGUGCUCUUUCUGGACGUCUUUUUAAAAAGAUAGAACUUCACGAAUCUAUUAGAUACACAUCCGGUGAUCCAAUAGAAUCCUGGCUUAAUGCUUUACUUUGUCUGGAUGUUACAAAUUCUGUGCCCAGUAUCCACAGGUUACCUCCUCCAAGUGAAUGUGAGCUUUACUAUGUAAAUAGAGACACACUAUUCUCUUAUAACAAAGAUAGCGAGAUAUUUUUGCAGCGGAUGAUGGCUCUCUAUGUAUCUUCUCACUAUAAAAAUUCUCCUAACGAUCUACAAUUAAUGGCUGAUGCUCCAGCUCACCAUUUGUUUGUUUUACUGGGUCCUGUUGACGAGUCAAAAAAUCAACUUCCUGAUAUUUUAUGCGUCAUUCAGGUCUGUCUUGAGGGUCAAAUAUCUCGUAAAUCUGCAAUAAAAAGCUUAAGUGUUGGCCAUCAACCCCAUGGAGACCAAAUACCAUGGAAAUUUUGUGAGCAAUUUAGGGACACUGUUUUUCCUAGCCUUUCAGGUGCUCGCAUUGUACGCAUUGCCACCCAUCCCAGUGCUAUGAGGCUUGGUUAUGGUUCUACUGCAGUGGAACUCUUGGCAAGGUACUAUGAAGGUCAGUUUACUUCAUUUUCUGAGAUGGAUGUUGAGGAUGACAUGGAGACUGCACCAGUCAGAGUCACUGAAGCUGCAGAGCAGGUCUCAUUGCUGGAAGAAAAACUUGAACCUCGGAAACAGCUACCCCAUUUGCUUGAGCAUCUUCGUGAACGCCAUGCUGAGAAGCUCCAUUAUAUUGGUGUUUCUUUUGGACUUACCUUGGACCUAUUUCGUUUCUGGAAGAAACAUAGAUUUGCUCCAUUUUACAUUGGCGAGAUUCCAAAUAGUGUGACAGGUGAACAUACAUGUAUGGUCCUGAGACCACUGAGGAAUGAUGACAUUGAAGUUAAUGAAGAUGAUGAAUGGGGCUUUUUUGCUCCGUUUUACCAGGAUUUCAGGCAAAAGUUUACGGGAAUGUUAUGCCUUAACAGUUUCCGUAAUAUGGAUUAUAAGCUUGCCAUGAGUGUCUUGGACCCAAAGAUUGACUUUACCAAUGUAGAACCUACUUCAUCAACUUCAGAUGGAUUUUUGAAGUCUCUUGGUAGCAUAUUGUCACCUGACAAUAUGGAGAUGCUGAAAGCUUAUACAGAUAACCUGUCAGACUAUCAUACUAUUUCCUAUCUUGUCCCAGUCCUUGCACGUCAAUAUUUCCAAGGGAAGGUUCCAGUGACGUUAUCAUAUGUUCAGGCCUCUAUUUUGCUCUGCUUGGGGUUGCAGAUUCAGCAUGUCUCUUAUGUUGAGGGACAAAUGAAAAAGUUAGACAGACAGCAGAUAUUGUCACAGUUUAAAAAGGUUAUGAUAAAAUUGUACAAGUACUUAUAUGGAAUUGCGUCACAGGAGAUUGAUUCAACCUUGCCUCGACCAAAGGAAAUAAAACUGAAACCUCAUUCUAUCUCUGUGGAUGAGGACCUUAAUGACGCUGCAAGACAAGUGGAGGAGGAAAUGAGAAGCAAGACAGAGGGUCUAUUAAAUCCCGAGUUGGUCCAACAGUAUGCUAUCAAUGACAGGGAAACGGAUCUCGAGAAUGCUCUGCAACAUGGUGAUGGAAAGGCAGCUGUGGGAGGUCUGAUCAGUGUGAAAUCCAGUAGAAAUAAAAUGGAGAAGCCUAAGAAGCAGAAAGAAUCUGACAAAAGUGGGAAAAAGAGAGGCAAAGUCGACAAGGGCUCCAAAUCAAGUAAAAAGAGAAAAUCCUCAGCUUAGACAAAAUAUGAUCAGAGGCAUUUGAUAUCAGCCUAUAUGCCUUGGCGGUGGCCAAGGGUGAAUGUCUUCAUUUCAGGGGGAUGUAGGGUAUCUUGAUGUUACCACCCAACUAAGCCCUAAUACGAUAUGCAAUUUUGGGUAGAAAUAGGUCUUGAGCUCUUAAUUUAUAGCAAUAUAAUUAUAAUUUAUUAAUUGCCAUACUUAUAAUUGUCUCUUGCUCCUGAAAAUUCUGUAUGAGAUGUUUAUUCUUUGCAGUAAUCGAAUAUU